UACGUGGUCUCACGACAUCAUCGUCUCAAAAUAACUAUGUAGUUUUCGUGUUAAAACAUGAAUGAAUUGUUAAGUAUAUAUAUAUUAACUCGCAAAUGCGCUGUACAGUUGGGUACAAAGUCGUCUCGAGUGCUCGGUUUAUUGAUAUAAAUACUUCGAGUGCGUUAGUUUUGGAUAACGUUAAGUAACAAGGACAUACGCGGGGUACAAUGCCGGGAACGAAACGGAAAGCCUCCUUUAGAACGCCCUACGAGCGCCCUAGCAAGAUAGUGAAGAGAUCGACAGGUUCGAACAUUGGGGGACUAGCAAGAGCAAGGUCCAUCAGUACGAAAUUAACUGAGGUAUCUACUUCCUCAUCAGUUUCCACGGAUGACGUUUCCACGGUACCAUCCCUGCGAAGGGCAUCAACUCUGACCUUGCCAGAGGCUACUUCGGACGCCACAGCAUUCAUCACAGCUGGUGGGAAAAUGACCAGUUCUUUGAAGAAGCCAUCGUCUCUUUCUAGAAAAUCAAGCAGUUUCGUAGAAGAAGGGGCUUUGGUGACCAGGUUGUCUCGAACCAGUUCUGGUGCAAUCAUAGGCGAAACAUCAGUUGUUACUACGGAUGAUGCAGGAGGCGCAACUCUAGAUAAAGUACCAUCCAUUCCGAGCGGUCUUACGAAGUUGGCAUUACCAAAGUCGGGAACGAAGGAUUCGAGCAUACGAGUGUCGAGGUCAAUGCUUCUGGGCGAGGUGGACGAAAAUGAGGUCACGUCUGCUCUUGAAAGUCUGCGAUCCUCACUGUCGAAAGAAAAAUCGAAAACACACAGUCUCGAGAAAGCACCUUCAGUCCGAAAAUCACUGUCAAAGAAAGGCUCAUCGUUGAAGUCGUUGACGAGUGAGGCGGUUGACGGUGAGAAGAGCAGCGGUGAUAAUGCAGGGGAUGAGUUUGGUGGCGAGGCAGAGAACGAAGAUAUGGACACAGGAGCGGCCCCGGGCGCGGGUCUGCCACCUGGAGGCCUUAUGGAGCUUGUUAUCUCGUUCGAUACCACGGGCUCCAUGUACGGUGUAUUGGACAGCGUCCGCGCUCAGAUCCAAGACCUUGUGCAAAGACUUCAAGCUGACAUCCCUGGAAUUCGCAUAUCAAUCAUAGCUCAUGGUGAUUAUUGCGACGAGCAUUCGUCAUACCUAAUUAAAUGGAUCGAUUUUGGCGCUACUUUGCCCGAGAUAUGCGAGUUCGUCAAAGGCGUCGCAAGAACUGGCGGUGGCGAUGGUCCCGAAUGUUACGAGCUGGUUCUGCAGAGGGCGCGGGAAGUUUUGUCCUGGACGACGGGGUCCAAUCGGGCCCUCAUUCUUAUUGGCGAUGAUUUGCCGCAUGAAUCUGGGUAUACAUACGGAGGGAAGACAUACAAUAUCAACUGGAGAGAUGAAUGCGACGCUUUGCGAAAAAUGAAUGUCAAAGUCUACCCCGUCCAGUCCGGUGGGAAUUCUAGUGUUAAAGAUGUAUAUACAGAGAUGGCCACACGAACUGGUGGAAAACAUCUUGCUCUGAGUAACCUCUCUAGCAUGUUUGACUUCAUCAUGAUGGUCUCAUACAGGGAGGCUAACCCCGAUAUGAUGGAGAUUUAUGAGCAAGAGAUGCGGGACAGAGCUGGUAGAAUGAACGCUGAUUGCGAUGCAAUGACGAAAACACUCCGAGCAGCAGACUGUCCGACAGUCAGCUUCGCCAAACCAUUCGCUGCAGCAUCACCGUUCUCCUUUGCCGAAGGAGCUUCGAAGAUCUCGAAACGAACAACAGGGUCACCAAAAUCAAGAAAAGCUGCGAAACCUGUAAAGAAAGCACCUUCAAAGAAACUAACGAAACUAUACAUCAAAAAAGCUAUCAAGAAGCCAAAAACGACAACUAAGAUAGCAUCUGCCAAAAAGGUCAAACAACCAAAGGUUGACUCAGUAUCUAAGCGAGAAAAACUACCCGACUCGUGUAUGACCAAGGGACCCUUGAAACGAUUGAGUUGGUCGAAAUGGCAAAAGGUGGUAAUGCCCGAUCCGCCCUUAAACAAGAAGGAAAAAGACGAAUUCAACAAAAGCAGAGUUUUAUCAGGAUACGGAAGGAAGAUAUCUCGUUGUUUUAAGGACGGUUUCAAGCCUGCCGUUUAUGAAUUUGCAGUGCAAGCCCCAUCAAAAGCUGCUGGAAAGAAGUAUGUUGUCUACUGCCUUCACCGACGCGGCCCUGCAAGAGGAGGAACCGUAAAUUCUACUUUCUUGCGUACAAAAUCUUUGAAAAAAGCAGCUAAUCGAGUGCUUGAGGCGGGAUGUUCGAUUUUCGUUCGUCGGGGAACAUACAAAAAAUCUGUUAAAAAGUCCCUUGAUAGCAUUGAUAAAUAUAUUUCGGGGAAUUUUGAUUAUGCUUGGAAGAAAUAUAUUUGGAGACGAACCCCCGAGGGUAAUCAAAGACACAGGAAUAUUCAUAUAACCAGAAAAGGCAAAGUGAUAGUACUGUCCGAAACCGAUUGCUAAAAGUACGGCUAGCACCUACAUCUACAACAUCAGGGACAAGGACCAUCAUCUUCUGAAAAAUCGAAUGUAAAUGUUUUUGUUGUAAGAGAGCAAGAUUCACGCACACUUGAACUUUUAAAUCUAUAUUGAUUAUAAAACGCAAUCGAGUCACGCUGGUGGAAUUGUUAAACGUGGCAAAGAUAGAUUUGGCAAUAAAUAUGUACACAAUUACAUGUUUACUGUUAAGUGUUUGUGCUUUUUGUCAUUUCAAUAAUAGCUUGCACUGUGUAUGCAUUAUAUCAUUUUUUUAUUUUUAUUUUUUAUUUUUAUUAUAAAUAACAGUAAUAUUUAAGUUCUAAUAAAGAAUGAUUUAAUAUU